UAUAGAAUUUGUAGAGACAGAGAAGAGUAAAUAUCUCACAAAACUGCAAAUCUCAGGAUUCUGCAGCAUUGAGACAUGCCAGUUAAUGUGGUGUCGAACCAUGAUAAUCCUGAAGUGUGGAUACAGUCUUAAUUUUACACCAGGAGGUAGGAAAAAGAGAAUGUCUCUGUGCCUUAUUUGUUCUUUCUCAUGUUCUUUGAUGUCCAGAGCUCAGUGGAAGACCCUGCUUUUUCUCCUGUCUGAGUUUUUCUGCACAAGAAUGGGAAUGGGAUAUCUCACCCGAAGAGAAAGUGAAAUAAGUUUUCUUUAAUCUAGUUUAAUAGCUUUGCUACAGUUAUGACACAGAUACACGAGAUGGAAAUUGGCCUCAAUGCUUGCGGUAACGUUUGCCAUUUGUGAUCAUGGAAAAUCUCCUUUAUUGACCCUGCUGUUUCAAUUGUCAAAUGAGAAACAAUUUAUAUCAGACAGCUAUCAAACUCUACUUAUCUCUGAGCUGUUGUAUUGUUGAACUAUUCAACUGAUUCUAUUGCUUCAAUAUAUUUUAUUUCAGAGAUGAACCCAUGACUAUGGGGGACUGGAACCUGCUGGGCAGCAUCCUAGAAGAAGUUCACAUCCAUUCAACUAUAGUGGGCAAAAUUUGGCUCACCAUCCUUUUCAUAUUCCGGAUGUUGGUUCUCGGUGUUGCUGCUGAAGAUGUCUGGGAUGAUGAGCAAGCAGAGUUCAUCUGCAACACAGAGCAGCCCGGUUGCAGCAACAUCUGUUAUGACAAAGCUUUCCCCAUCUCCCUGAUCCGCUACUGGGUGCUACAAGUGAUAUUUGUAUCAUCCCCUUCCCUGGUUUACAUGGGACACGCACUUUACAGACUUCGGGCCCUCGAGAAAGAGAGGCAACGGAAGAAAGCCUACCUCAAAGCCCAGCUAGAGGAGAUUGAGCCUACAAUAGAAGAUCAUCGGAGGAUAGAAAAAGAGCUGAGAAAGUUAGAAGAACAAAAGAAAGUCAACAAGGCACCCUUGAGAGGAGCCUUGUUGUGUACCUAUAUUCUGCAUAUCUUGACCCGAUCAGUCUUAGAAGUGGGCUUUAUGGUGGGUCAGUAUCUAUUAUAUGGCUUUCAGAUGUAUCCACUAUAUAAAUGUACCCGUCCCCCUUGUCCUAACACAGUGGAUUGUUUUGUAUCCAGACCAACUGAAAAGACCAUCUUCAUGGUUUUCAUGCACACCAUCGCAGCUGUUUCUCUCUUUCUGAAUGUCCUGGAGAUCUUCCAUCUGGGGAUUAAGAAGAUUAAAAAUACUCUUUGUGGGAGGCUAAAGGAGGAUCUUGUAGUUCCUGAUGAGGAUGCUAACUUUUCCAACUCCAAGAAAAAUUCAGUAAUACAACAAGUUUGCAUCAUGUCAAACUCAUCUCCCCAAAGCAGUUUUAAAUUUAUGUCAGAGCAACAAGGAGGGCUGCCAGUUUACUUGAAUCCAGAAGAUGGAUACAAUCCUACAGGACAAAAUCAAAAUGUAGAGUCACAGUGGUGUAGCAACCAAAGAAGUAGGUCCAAUCAGCACCAGGACCAAAUCCACCAGGCCUACAGACAUCUCGAUCAUCCCAAUGAAGGUAACCAGCACCAUAAUAGACAUCUCCCUAGGCACCCCCCAAACCUUAUGCCUCAUCGACAUGACCAUCAACAUCAAAAUGCAUCUUCCAGCAGUGAUGACAUGCAGAAGGCACCACAGCAGGGAGCAAACAACUAUCGAAGAAAUGAACAACAUGCAGUGGAACAUUCCAAGGCCUCUCAACAUGGCACAAAAGCACCUGUUGUCUCCAGUCAUACGGAGAGCCCACAAGCUGUUCUUCGGAAGCAAAACCGGGUGGCGGCUUGCAAGGACUUGGGAGAUGAUCGUUGUGAUUCUCCAGAUAGUGGGCCUUAUCAGAACCGUAAGUCAAGUUUUUUGUCCAGGGUACUGUCCCAGAGCCACUUGGACACCGACUCAGAGACUUCAGACUCACGGAAUGGCUCUGGUUCAGAUGCUAAACGCAGAGGUGACAGCAGUCCUCCCAACACACCACCUCUUUCUUCCACUGCUGGACGCAGAAUGUCAAUGGCAAGUAGACCCAAGCGGCCUUCCUACUAUACCCUGCUAGUGUGAGUUAUUGAUCCUUAGCAUCACCUUAGCCCAAGCCUUGGGCUUAUUACUGGCUAAUCUAGUCUAUAAUUAUGUUCAGAUAGGGUGGGAACGUAAUUUGUGGUUUCAAAACUGCAAAAUGGUGAAGCUAGCAAAGACUAAGAAAAAUGGCUACGAGUCAUUAUGAAUGCCUUUGCUGUUGGAUAACAUGAGCAAGAGUUUUUGGUUGGUCACAGUGAGAACUGAAUACUGAACAAGAUAGACCUGUAGUCUGAUGUACCAGAAUUACUAUGUUUGUAAUCUAUAGAUUAUUAUUAUUAUUAUUAUUAUUACUACUACUACUACUACUACUACUACUACUACUACCACCACCACUACUACCGUGUUGCUGCUGAAACAAAACCAAACCAAACAAACCAGAAAUCGGAGUCUAUUAAUUUUGAUGGAAAAAAAUAUGAGAAGGGUGAUAUUAAAUAUUUAUUUAUUGGAGUUAUAUCCAGCUUUCCUCCAAAAAUGGGACACAAAGCCUCUGAUAAAACUGUUCUCAGUUGUCAGUUGAUAACUUUGGAAUUUCAUAAAGUCCAGGUUUUAUUAUGUCAUGGGUCAGGCCAUAUUUGGAAAUGGGUAUUGAUCUUUACUUUCAGGCAUUUUUUGAAAAUCAGCUAUUAUGACUAUGAAUUCCAUUUUAAGGUCUUUAGUCGUCCAUAGAUUAAGAUACAAGCUAAAGAAUAUCUCUCUCAAUCGAUCCUUUUCAAAAUACCAUUUCCCCUAUUUUUUCAGAAUGGGAACUGGGGUUGAGGGUGCUGUGAACUGUACAUUAAACCCAUUGUUGACUUCUCAGUGGUUAAGAUGAUGUGCCAUGAGCUGGAAGCACCUACUUCAAAGCAAAUCACAGAUCAACUAUAAACUUACUGAGUAGUCUUAGGUAAGCCACGAUCUCUUAGCUUCAGCUUUUGUCUUUAAUAUCACAUUGCUGUUAAUGAA